AUGAGUGAGCUGUGGUACGAACAGCCUGCAGCCACUUGGAAUGAGGCUCUCCCCCUAGGCAAUGGCCGACUUGGUGCCAUGGUCCACGGUCGCACCGACACAGAGAUGAUCCAGUUAAACGAAGCUUCGUUGUGGUAUGGUGGGCCUCAGCAACGAACACCCGAAGAUGCCUUGAACAAUUUGCCAGCUCUGCGACAAGCCAUUCGCCAGGGAAAUCAUACCGAGGCGGAAAGACUCGUGACCACAUGCUUUUUCGCAACCCCAGCAAGCCAACGACACUAUGAGCCUCUCGGUAAUCUUUUCUUAGAUUUUAGACAUAUGCCUGAGCAUGUAACCAAUUACCGACGCUCGCUGGACCUCACCAAUGGGGUCUUGCAUGUCAACUAUGAGCACCAGCACGUUACAUACGAGCGACAGAUGAUCGCUACUGAUAGUCCAUCGGUCCUCAUUCUGAGCGCUCGCUCCUCGGCUAAAACCGAAUUUAUCAUACGUCUGACCCGAAUGAGUGACCUUGAAUUUGAGUCACAUGAGUACUUUGAUUCUGUCGAGACCGUCGGAAAGAUCCUUGACUUGGAGGAUCUGGGCCGUAAGGAAAAUACUAUCACCAUGCACGUCACACCCGGUGGAAAGGGAAGCAGUGCCUGUUGUAUCGUCCAUGUUCAAGCUCUUGAUAUGGACGGAAAGGGCACUAUCACCAAAUGUGGCAAGAAUCUUGUCGUCAAGUCCGAUAAUGCGGUGGUCUACAUUGCGGCGCAAACAAGUGUGAAUGGGAAGAAGGGCGAUAUCCAUGCAGAAGCCGAUAUCAAAAGCAUUCCCUCUACUUCACAUGAUAUCUGGAGACAACAAGUCCAAGAGAACCAGGAGAUCUGGAAGCGAAUGCAUCUGACGCUCCUACCAGACCAGUCGGACAUUCCUACCGAUAAACGAAUUAUAGGACCCAGAGACCCAGGCUUGAUUGCUCUCUACCACAACUACAGUCGCUAUCUCCUCAUGGCCUGCAGCCAUGAAGGGAGCGCGGAUUAUCCUUUACCGGCCAAUCUACAGGGUAUCUGGAAUCCCUCCUUCCAUGCAGCUUGGGGCUCCAGGUUCACAAUCAACAUCAAUCUGCAGAUGAACUAUUGGUCUGCCAAUCUUUGCAAUCUGUCUGAAUGCGAGUUGCCUUUGUUCAAACACCUCUCCCGAAUGGUAGCCAAUGGCAAGAAUACCGCAGAAAAGAUGUACGGGUGUCGUGGUUGGACUGCCCAUUCCAAUACCGACAUCUGGGCCGACACCGAUCCUGUAGAUCGUUGGAUGCCAGGUACGCUUUGGCCGCUCGGGGGCGCAUGGCUCUGCUGUCACAUUUGGGAACAUUUUCAAUUCACCGGAAACGAGGAAUUUCUCCGAAAAUAUUUUCCGAUCCUUCGUGGAUGUGUCGAGUUUCUUCUCGACUUCCUGAUCAAAGAUGCAUCGGGUGAAUACCUCGUGACGUCCCCGUCAGUCUCGCCGGAGAAUUCCUACUACGACAAGAAAGGUCAGAAGGGCGUGCUUUGUGAGGGAUCCACAAUUGACAUCCAAAUCAUCGGCGCUGUGUUACGAGAUUUCGAGUUAGUAACCGCGUAUCUGGGCAUGAGUGAUGAUCCUCUCCUCCCUCAGGUUCGCUCAACUCGCACUCAACUCCCACCCAUAAAAAUCAGCCAAAAAGGUUACCUCCAGGAGUGGGCUGAGGAUCACGACGAAGUCGAGCCUGGCCAUAGACACACAUCUCAUCUAUGGGCCCUCUACCCCGGCAACGCGAUCACGCCAGAAAAGACACCCGAACUCGCAGCUGCGUGCCGAGAGACGCUUCGUCGACGCGCUGAGCACGGAGGUGGUCACACGGGUUGGAGUCGUGCCUGGCUCAUCAAUCUGUACGCCCGACUCCGUGACACGGCGGAAUGCCAAAAGCAUCUGGACUUAUUACUGGCCAAAUCGACUCUUCCGAAUCUGUUCGACAAUCACCCGCCAUUCCAGAUUGACGGUAACUUUGGUGGGGCUGCAGGUGUCGUGGAGAUGUUAAUUCAGUCGCACGAGCCAGGAUUUAUUCGACUUCUUCCUGCCUGUCCGAGCGACUGGACGGGAGCUAUCCAUGGAGUCCGAGCUCGAGGAGGAUUUGAGCUGGAUUUUGGCUUCGAGAAUGGAACUCUCGUGGGUGAUGUCACUCUCAAGUCUCAGGGAACAAAGAAAGUCACUCUUGUUUUCCCGGGUGGGUUUGAAAUGAAUAUUGAAUAUGCUGGCAAUUCCAGAAUCCCACCUGAGAUAUACUCUAGAUAG